AUGACGUACAACGUUGGCGGCAUGGCUUCGGACCUAUAUGACGUUUUGUCACAGUGGCUCCAGAGCCAAACACAGGCGGACGUGAUCUUCCUGCAGGAGCUCCACUGGGGAUGUGGGCGCACAGAGGGCAGCUGGAAAAUUGGAGGACGAGUUCUUCACGUACAGUGCAAACAGAGGGAGAAGACACUGGAUUUGGUCUCCGCUUACCAGUGGGUCUGGCAAGCUAACAAGCAGGCAGAGAUCGAGGCCAAGCGACAGCGAGUCUGGACGGCACUUGGCAACCUGCUGCAGCGCCUCCCUCAGAGGCAUCUUCUGAUCAUUGGAGCACAUCUCAACUCCAAUUGUUGCUCAAUCCCGGGCCUGGUUGGACGUGGGCUCCUCAGACAGGCGUGGCAACAUGCCGACCCGGAGCUUGCGGAACUCAUGAAGGGAAAUCGCUGGCGUGGAGUGGAAGAUCGCCUCACGAAGGAGGCGGGACACAUCGAUCUGGACCUGGCCCAUGAGAAUCUCCGGGCACCCAGACCAGUAGGCGUGCCGACCAAGGCGACUGAUGUCGAGAAGUUGGUGACGAUGGGAUGGCUGGCCCCUGGACCUCCAAUGGCGUGGCCUUUUCUCACAUGGGAUGCUGUCACUCAGCGAACCGUUGUUGACACGGCGAAGGAGCCGCUUUCGCAGGCUGAGGUGUUGGAGGACAUUGACAUCUUGCUUCGAGGAAGCGGUCAGGGGAACAAGCCUCAUCCCACUCGUCCUAUGGCUGAGGAGAUGAGAGGGGACAGCAUUGUCUUCUUAAUCCAAGUGAGUGCGGAAGGCGAGUCUGCGGCCAACAUGCGCGCCAGUCUCAAAGCCCUUUGCCAAAAUGCCUCCUUGCAGCUGGUCGCUAUGCAGCUAAAAGCUGAUCGUGCCAAUCGUUCUACCCUGGCCACUUCGUUAGCUGCUGCGCUUCCUCGGAGCACAUGA